UCAUGGGUAGUUCUUGUUUAUGUUAAUUUUGCAUAAAAGUAUCAACUUUGACCUCUUUUUAAGUGUGAUUCUUGAAAAUGAGUUCCAUUCUUCGGUUUCGAAAGCUGUGUCAGCCGACAUUGAAAAGCUAUGAAUCACAUGAUUGCAUAAAAGAUGAGAAACAAUCAUAUGACAGUAAAAAAGAUGACAGAAAACAAGAAAAAGGUCAAACAAUUCUAGACCACAAGAACAAAAAGAAAAAAGGAUGGAAGUGUGUAAAUUCUUGUUGUUGGUUCAUAGGAUGUUUGUGUACAACAUGGUGGCUACUCUUGUUUUUGUACCAUUGUUUGCCAGCUAAUUUGGCUGUGCUAACAGGCCCUGAACCACCUGGUGUAAGGCUCAAGGAUGAAGGGUUAACCCCAUUGCACCCUGUGGUAUUCAUCCCUGGAAUGAUCACCAGUGGGCUUGAGCUAUGGGAAGGAAAGCCUUGUUCCGAAGGGCUUUUUCGAAAACGUCUUUGGGUUGGUAGCUUUACUGAGAUCGUUAAGAGGCCUUUGUGUUGGUUGGAGCAUUUAUCGUUGGACAGCGAAACAGGGCUUGACCCACCAGGCAUUCGAGUCAGGCCAAUUUCGGGACUGGUUGCAGGAGACUAUUUUGCUCCUGGAUAUUUUGUUUGGGCUGUUCUUAUAGAGAACUUGGCUAAAAUUGGCUAUGAUCAAAAAAACAUGUACAUGGCUGCUUACGACUGGAGGCUUUCAUUUCAGAAUACUGAGGUAAGGGAUCAAACACUUACUAGACUGAAAAUCAACAUUGAGCUAAUGUAUGUGACAAAUGGCAACAAUAAAGUGGUUGUGGUUCCACACUCGAUGGGUGUUAACUACUUCUUACACUUCCUUAAAUGGGUGGAAGCCCCUCCUCCAAUGGGCGGUGGUGGCGGUCCAGGGUGGUGUGCCAAGCAUAUCAAAGCAAUCAUGAACAUUGCACCAGCAUUUCUGGGUAUUCCGAAGGCAGUUAGUUGUUUGUUAUCUGCUGAAGCCAAAGAUAUUGCUAUGGUCAGGGCUAUGGCUCCAGGUUUUCUAGAGUCGGGGGUUCUUGGGCUCCAAACAAUGGAACAUAUGAUGCGUGUAUCUCGAACAUGGGACUCUGUGAUUUCUUUACUACCCAAGGGUGGAGAAGUGAUUUGGGGCGAUUUGGAUUCAUCCCCGGAAGAUGGGCACGAGUGUGAUUUCGAGACAAAAGGUUAUGUUGAAAUGAAUUCAAGAGAAAAUAUCAGCAGAAACAAAGAUGCAAAACCUCAAUUCCAAAUUAAACAACAAACGAACUACGGAAGAAUAAUCGCAUUUGGUAAAAAGGCUUCCGAACAACAUUCUUCAAAGCUUCCCACCUUUGUUUCAGAGGAAUUGAUGCAAGCAAAUAAGAUCUUGAAUUCUAGUUCAAAUUGUGGAGACGUUUGGACAGAGUAUGGUAAGAUUAGCAGAAAGAUUAUUCAGAGACUAGCAGAUAACAAAGCAUACACAGCUGAAACUUUGAUUGAUCUUCUCCGGUUUGUGGCUCCAAAGACAAUGCAACGAGCCGAGGUUCACUUCUCCCUUGGCAUAGCGGAGGAUCUUGAUGAUCCGAAAUAUGGCCAUUACAAAUACUGGUCGAAUCCUUUAGAAACCAAGCUGCCUGAGGCUCCAGAUAUGGAGAUUUAUAGUUUGUAUGGGGUUGGGAUCCCUACAGAAAGAUCGUAUGUGUAUAAACUCUCACAGUCAGAAAACUGCAACAGCAUUCCAUUCAGGAUCGAUAGCGCAGCAGGAGGUAAAGGUGGUGGGGGAUGCUUAGAAGGAGGGGUUCAUUUUGUUGACGGUGAUACAACUAUACCAACUUUAAGUGCGGGUUUCAUGUGUGCAAAAGGAUGGAAAGGAAAAACGAGAUUUAAUCCAUCAGGAAGUGCUACUUAUAUACGAGAGUUUAAGCAUAAACCACCAGUAAGUCUGCUGGAAGGAAGGGGUUUAGAAAGUGGAUCCCAUGUCGAUAUUAUGGGUAACGCUGCGUUGAUUGAGGAUGUUUUGAGGGUGGCUGCAGGGGCCUCCGCAGAAGAAAUUGGAGGUGAUCGAAUCUAUUCAGAUAUAUUAAAGAUGUCAGACAGAGUUAACAUCAAGCUAUAGGUGCAAGUUUUUCAGUCUGGUACUUGAAUAAAACCAAAUGCGAGACAUGCUCUUUGCAACCUUCAGCCGUGCAACCUGAACUACAAGGGAUGAGAGCUACAAUGAAGGGUGACUAAAAAGAUGAGUUUAGUUUAGGGUGGUCGUAACGAUGAUCAUUCCAAGAAAGAAAAACGUCUUUUAGGUCUAAUGAUAGGUAGUAGUUCUAUCUACACAAAAUUUUGCCUUCAUUUUGUUCUGUGUUGUUUUUUUUGGUUGGCUGUUUAUCUUAAAAUUUCCUCUUGUUUAGCUUGGGUAGGUUUGUCCUUGUUGAAUACCAUCUUUUGUAGGAUAAAAUGUUUUACUUUCUGAAAAUAAAAUGAAAAGUACGUAGAUAAAUA